AUGUUAUGGAAAUCUAUAUUUGCGACUGCUAUACUAGCAACUAAAGCACUCACUGAAGCUCAAGAUGUGGUUACGGUUACUAAAACUGUGUAUGAAAGCAAUCAAUGCCUAGAGGAUUAUGCAAAGAAGAUUCUACCAAACAAUCCUACAGGCUUAACAACAGGUAUACCGGUUGUUAUACUUUAUGAGCCUAAAACUGAAGAAGGGCAGAACCAACAACAUCAGUCAACACAACAACAACAAUCAACAAAACAAUCAACACAACAAUCAACGCAACAUCAUCAAUCAGUACAACAGCAUUCCAACCAACAAACCCAUACAUAUUCAUUCAAAGGUAGCAACUAUGUGACCAAGUCUACCAAUAAAAAGACCAAAAAUUUAGUGGUUACAAGCUCACAUACCACCACUGCCAUUGCUUAUACUACCAUAUGUCAAAGAAAUGGUUGCGAAACUAGCACAUACACCACUGUCAUUACUGAUCCACUGAUUUUCAGCACCAUUCAUCCUGUUUCUGAAACUGGUACUAAAGAGGUCACAUUCCAAACCACAAAUGUUAAAACAGCUGAAACUACUACUUCAACUAUUUUCAGUGCCACAACUACACCAAAUUCUACAUAUACUCCAUCAACUUCAAUGACUGUAUCAUCUACUUCCAUUGAAAAUCCAGUUAGUUCACAGUCUGUUGUUAGUUCUAGCAAAUCUGUUUCAAUUGACAUAUCUUCAAUUACUGCCCCAGUAACAGUCGGUGGUGAAUCGACCAAAUCCAGUUCUUCUAACUCAACCACUUCACAUUCCGAGUCAUCUAACCAUGCUGUUGCCACUACCACUUCAAUUGUUUCAUCUUUAAUUGAAACAACUGAUAGCAAAGGCUCAACUUUUACUACUGUCUCAUCUUCUACUUUGACUAUUGUAUCAACCAAUACUCAAGCUGCUACAACUAGUUUGACUUCAUCAUUUGAAUCAUCCAGUACUUCAAGUUUGUCCUCAAUUAUAGGUUACUUGAAUUCAACAAGUGAAAUGGGAACUUCUUCAAUGGUUAGUUCUGAAUCAUUAUCCGAAAUUGAAUCUUCUGCCUCAGGUUUAACAGUUUCACCUUCGGAAUCUAGUGAGAUUGUUUCAUCAUUAUUAUCUGAAUCAUCAAUGUCUUCUCAACCAUUAAUGUCUUCUGAAUCAACUGGAGAAUCUUCAAUUUUGUCAUCAACUGUUUCUUCAGUAGCAUCUAGUGAGAUAGAAGAGACUAGUUCCACUCAAGAAACAAGUUCUGCUCAAGAGUCCAAAGAACCAGCAGUUGAGACACAUAUUUGUUACUCGGGAGAUUUGUUUAGUGCUGUCGAUACCAGUGCUCCACCAUCUGUUUUUUCCAGAAAUCAAAUCCCAUUAUCAAUUCCUUCGGGAGUUAACAACAAUGGAAAACCAAUUGGAACAAAUAAAUUCUACACUAAUUUGGUUAUUAAUAGUCAAGAUCUUAUGGUAUAUCCAUUACCAUAUGCACUUUAUUGGAGUAAAUCUAACUAUUACGGUUUUGGUGUUCAACAUAUCAACUUGGACCAAAGAGUCUUUGGUACACAGAAUACAAACAACCCUGGAGUUCCUUCAUAUUACUAUGAUCCAACAAAUAACGGUGAAAUUAUAUUUUCUGCUACUUCCUUUGAUGAAGACUCUAUGGAAAUGAAGGUUACUGAUAUGAAUGAUAUGUCUGCUUUGGUCAGUUUAUCUAGUUCAGCCAAUGAUGAAAUUAAUCACUUGGAUAUUCCUUUGGUUCAAGGUAUGGGUUUUGCAACUGCUAUCUACAAUGGUAAUUUGAAUCCGUUAUUGAACUCCUUAUAUGGUUUUAAGGAGUUGACUUUAGAAAAUUCUGAUGCUUUAUUAUCCAAUGUCCUCAAAUAUCGUGCAACUUUAUUGAAUGAUAUUGAAUGGUUGAUCUAUGUUACUUUACCAGAAUCUGAUCUGGACUUUGAAUUGGAAGUUUCCAACACUUACAGCAUUGAAGGUACUGGUUCUGUUGAUGGUUUAAUUAUCCAAGUUGCAAUUGCUCCGGAAGACAGUGAUAAAGAUGCUUAUUAUGAUGCAGCAGCUGGUAUUUAUGUUACUUCUGCUAGUGUUCUGGGUAGUGUUGUUUGUGAUACUGCUGCUAGUUACAAGAUUGGUUAUGAAACCAAAGGUUCUUCAUCUUCUGGUAAGCCACUUAUUUUUGCUUUACCACAUCAUUUAGAUGCUUUAACUGGAGAUGUUCUUGGAGCUGCUACUGGUAUUACUGUUGCAUCCACCACCAAAGGAAACAUGGUUGGUUUCUUAACCGAUGAAUUGGCAUUCAGUGAAACUAUUAAUUACGAUGUGGAAUUUUUACCAUGGUUGCCAAGUUUAAAUGGUCCAUUGACUUACAGUGAAGAACAAUUGACAUUAUUGGCUUCAAGUGCAAACCAUGAAUUAGCCGUUGAUAUCAAGAGCAGUGUUGCCAAUAUGAACUCCAAUUACUUUUCUGGUAAAGUCAUUGAUAAGUAUGCUCAAAUUUUGUUGGUUGUUAGUGAUAUUAUCCAAGAUGAAGAAGUGACAAAGGAUGCUUUGGAUGCUAUGAAGGAAGCAUUCGAUGUCUUCCUCAACAAUGAACAAUACUACCCAUUAAUGUAUGAUACUAAAUUUGGAGGUAUUACUUCAACUUCUGCUCAAAAUGGUGAUACUGGUGCUGAUUUUGGUGCUGCCUACUAUAAUGAUCAUGAUUUCCACUAUGGUUACUUUAUUCAUGCUGCUGCUGUUGUUGGUUACGUUGAUAAAAAGUUGAAUGGUACAUGGGCUGAAGAUAAUAAAGAUUGGGUUAACUCAUUAGUAAGAGAUACGUCAAAUCCAUCCACUAAUGACGUGUACUUCCCUGUAUCCAGAAUGUUUGACUGGUACUCUGGUCACUCAUGGGCAACCGGUGUCUUCAACACUUACAAGAAUAUAGAAUCAAGUUCUGAAUCUUUACAUCAUGCAGCUGCUCUUAAAUUAUGGGGUAAAGUUAUUGGUGAUCAAUCAUUAGAAGCUAGAGGAGGUUUGAUGCUUGCAAUUAUGACACGUUCCUAUAAUGACUACUUCUAUUUCAAGAGUGACAACACUGUUCAACCACUGGAAAUUUUACCAAACAAAGUUUCAGGCAUUUUCUUUGAAAACAAGAUUGAUUACACUACAUUUUUUGGUACACCAGACCAACAUCCUGAAUAUGUUCAUGGUAUCCAUAUGCUUCCAAUCACUCCAUCAACUGCUUUGGCCAGAAUUCCAUCUUAUGUUCAAGAAGAAUGGAAUGAACAAAUUGAAUCAUUUAUUGACAAUGUAAGCGAUGGAUGGUUGGGAAUAUUAAAACUCAACCAAGCAUUUAUAGACCCAAGAUCUAGUUAUGAAUUCUUUGCUUCAGAUGACUGGUCCGACAGCUACUUAGACAAUGGUCAAAGUAGAACCUGGAGUUUGGCCUUUUCUGGUAUUUAUAAUAGUUUAUAG